UGGUGGAGUUGCGACGCAAUUCAGCGCGAUUGAUUCGCCAAAAAGUGAUUGUGAAAUAAUAUUGUGAAAUUAGAUCAUUGCAAGACGAGUUGCUUACGCAAAUUGACAGAAAUCGGAACUCUCUUUGAAAGGCAACCAAGCAAGUUCUCAAGGCACUGAUAAUUAUUUCGAUACUAAGAAAACAGAAGCGAUCGACAUCGACGGCACAAUUAAGAUCAGAGCUGCUGAGCACGUGAAGCUAACUGAAAUAUCUUUGAAUCGACAUCGAUCCACAAUCAAAAGGGGUAGCUGACGAGCUGGCACAUGAAGACGGAUAUAAAGCUGGAUAUAGAAAUCAAAUUGAAACGCACAUCUUUAACUGCAGCUACAACUGAACUCAACUGAACUCAACUGAACUGAACUGAGCUGAACUGUUGGUUAUAUACUGCAAACUACAUUGGGACUAUACAUCAUGUAUGCCUUUGAGGCUAAACUCUUUGCGGAGAUCGAGAAAACGCAAGCGCGAUGGGACGCUCGGGAAAAAGAAUUACGUGAAAAGGAGCAGAAGGCAGCCGCCAAGUUGAAUCUAGAUGCUAAACCGAAGCCACCUUCGGAAAGCGAACUCCACGAAAUGGAGUUAGAGAAAAUUUGUAAAAAUUUUCAAAAGCUGCUACCUAAACUGGUGCCUGAUCAUUGCGAUUGUAGUCCAGAGUUUCAAGAGAUGUUAAAGAAGGACGGGUACAUGUGCUGUGUACCAGCAGCAAAGGCAGCGGGCCUCUACGUUGGCGUCCCCGAUCCCCCCAAACCCGACUCGGAGAGUCCCGAAGUUUCUCCUCCACAUACGCUGGAUGACUUACUCCACGAAAGCAUGUAUAAAUAUCAUUUGCCGGAGCCUCCAAGGAAGCGUAAGAGCAAUGAGUCGAUUACCGAAGAGGAGGCAACUACGAUCAAGUCAACUGGUGCUGUGCCCAAAACAACAAUCAAUCGAAGUGAGUUACCUGUCAAGCGGAUCAACAAACAGAACGGCUGUUCAUCGCAGCCUUUGAAAAAGAAAGUGAAGAAAGAACAUCUGGAGGAGCCGGAGCCGGAAAUUGAUCUCGACUGUGAAUUUGGCAUGGAGAACAUUCAAAAGUUUCGCUCAAAUACCGUGCGUGAGGAUCCAUUGCCCUCAGGCAUUUGCUUGACCAAUCAAAUAAUGUUCACAAACCAAUUUCACGUUGCGAAGCCGCUGCCGAUGGUUGCCAAUGCAUUGGACAUUAAGAAAAGCGAAGCGAUGACUACGCUCAAGAUUGAUGACAAUAUUGAUCCCCAAGACGAGCAGUCACCCGGCUAUUCGCAGUGUGAGACACGUCCCGGCACUCCCUUUGAGUUGCAGCCAGUUGAAAGCGAUCCCGAAGACGAACAGUCACCCGGCUAUCUGCAGUGUGAGACACGUCCCGGCACUCCCUUUGAGUUGCAGCCAGUUGAAGGCGAUCCCCAAGACGAACAGUCACCGGGCUAUUCGCAGUGGGAGACACGUCCCGGCACUCCCUUUGAGUUGCAGCCAGUUGAAAGCGAUCCCGAAGACGAACAGUCACCGGGCUAUUCGCAGUGGGAGACACGUCCCGGCACUCCCUUUGUGUUCCAGCCAGUUGAAGACGAAGGCAAGGAGGCGCUGCCGAUAGCAGUUGCCUAUGCAUUGGGCCUUAAGAAAAGCGGAUCGGUGCCUACGCUUAAGAUCGAUGACGAUCGUGAUCCCCAAUUCCAGCAGUCACCGCGCUAUCCGCAGUGCAAGGCACCUCCCUGCACUCCCUGCACUCCCGCUAAGUGGCAGCCAAAGGAAGGCCAAGGCGAGAAGGCGCUGCCGAUAGCAGUUGCCUAUGCAUUGGGCCUUAAGAAAAGCGGAUCGGUGCCUACGCUUAAGAUCGAUGACGAUCGUGAUCCCCAAUUCCAGCAGUCACCGCGCUAUCCGCAGUGCAAGGCACCUCCCUGCACUCCCUGCACUCCCGCUAAGUGGCAGCCAAAGGAAGGCCAAGGCAAGGAGGCGCUGCCGAUAGCAGUUGCCUAUGCAUUGGGCCUUAAGAAAAGCGGAUCGGUGCCUACGCUUAAGAUCGAUGACGAUCGUGAUCCCCAAGUCGAGCAGUCACCGCGCUAUCCGCAGUGCAAGGCACCUCCCUGCACUCCCUGCACUCCCGCUAAGUUGCAGCCAGAGGAAGGCCAAGGCGGUUGGCUGUCUCCGCCUGUCGUCGUCGACGAUGGGAGGCUCGAUUUGCUGUCGUCGAGCAUCCCAGAGCAUAAUACCAUUAUCGAGAAGAUGCUCGAUAAAAACCCAGUCGGUCGCUUUUAUUGGGAUUAACGAAAUUUGAUAGUAUAAUGGUUACAUCGUCAAAGUAACUUUGACUAGUUUAAUGGAUUUUGAUUUUUGUUUUCUCGCUGCCAUUGCAACAUCCAUAUAUUUUUGAUUUCAAUAUUUUCUUUUUAUUUUGGUUUUUGUCAUUUUGAACGCACUUGACACAUCAAUAUCUCAUCUUAUUUUGAUCAACUAUUUUCCCAAUGACAAUUCGCUGAAUCAUUUGUCGCCUGUUCGCCUGAAAAGAACAUUCAGUUUAAUUUGUUCGAUGACUUCCCAGUUGUUGGAUCUUCAAACUAUCGUUAGAUAAGGGAUCGAUGAAAAUUCCCCAUACAUUUUAAUACAAACAACAUUUGCAGCACUUCUAUAUAUUUUGAUAGUAUAAUGGUUACAUCGUCAAAGUUAUUUUGACUAGUUUAAGGGAUUUUGAUUGUUUUUUCGCUGCCAUUAUUAAAGCAUUUGGUUGACACAUCAAUAUCUCAUCAUAUUUUGAUUAAAUAUUUUCCCAAUGACAAUUCGCUGAAUCAUUUGUCGCCUGUUCGCCUGAAAAGAACAUUCAGUUUAAUUUGUUCGAUGACUUCCCAGUUGUUGGAUCUUCAAACUAUCGUUAGAUAAGGGAUAGACGGAAAUUCCCCAUACAUUUGAAGGCAAUCAAAAUUUGCAGCAUUUCUUUAUAUUUUCUAUUAAAAAUCAUUCUAUUAAUUAAGUCAUAUACAAACAUUACCUCUUAUGUAACUCUCUGAAAAAUGCAGAA